UCUUUUCCCAACAUAUUUUUUGGGACACCCCUCUUCUAGAACAAGACAGUCCCAAAUGAAAGAAAGCCAUCAAAUUUCGGUGAAUCAUUCCAGCGAGUCGGUAGUUUGUUGAUUCUCGUUCUUCCAAUUUAAAGGUUUUGCUUUUGUUUCGGUUGAACAAUGUGUUAAUUUGCAGUAUGUUAGUAUCUGGGUUCAGUUAGAGAAAGUAUGCUUAGCAGUGCUGUUUGCUCAUUCAUGUUAAUGAAACUUGGGGUGAAUUCUGGGUUCAGUGCAACACACUGUGUAUUGGCUUCCCCAGCUGUUCUCAGAAGGCAAGAGUUUUUAAUAAGGUGUCUUCAAGGUUACAGUAAUCAAGGUGAUCAGGAAAAAUUGCAAGAAGUGAAAGCUAUGGGUGAACCAAAUUUAGAAGCUGCUGCAGAGAACAUUUUGAGAGCAAUUACUCCUACUCUUGAUCCCAGUAAGCAUAAGGGGCAGGCAGGAAAGAUAGCUGUUAUAGGUGGUUGUCGUGAAUACACUGGUGCUCCAUACUUUGCUGCUAUUACUGCAUUGAAAAUUGGAGCGGAUUUGUCCCAUGUUUUCUGUACAAAAGAUGCUGCCCCUGUUAUAAAAAGCUACAGUCCUGAGAUAAUUGUGCAUCCAAUUUUAGAGGAGUCUUACAGUGUCAGGGAUGAAGACAAAAAAUCCAUUUUGGAUAAAGUUCUUGCUGAAGUUGAUAAGUGGAUGGAGAGAUUUGAUUGUCUUGUUGUUGGUCCAGGGCUGGGGAGGGAUCCCUUUCUUCUGGACUGUGUCAGCGAAAUCAUGAAGCAUGCAAGACAAUCUAAUGUCCCAAUUGUGGUAGAUGGGGAUGGACUUUUUCUUGUUACAAAUUGUUUGGAUCUUGUUAGUGGUUAUCCCUUGGCUGUCUUGACCCCAAAUGUAAAUGAAUAUAAGCGUCUUGUACAGAAAGUACUAAGAUGUGAAGUAAAUGAUGAUGAUGCUAUUGGGCAAUUACUAUCUCUGGCCCAACAGAUUGGUGGUGUAACUAUCCUCAGGAAGGGAAAAUGUGACCUUAUUACUGAUGGCGAAACAGUUACAUCAGUUAGCAUCUAUGGUUCUCCUCGACGCUGUGGGGGGCAGGGUGAUAUACUUUCUGGAAGUGUGGCUGUAUUCACAUCCUGGGCUCGACAAUUAGUCUCAUCUUCAGAUAGGAACACAAGCAUAAGUCCAAGGAAUCCCACAAUGUUAGGAUGCAUUGCUGCAUCCACUUUGUUGAGGAAAGCUGCUUCACAUGCAUUUAAUGUCAAGAAAAGAUCAACUCUGACUACUGAUAUCAUUGAGUAUUUAGGAAGAAGUUUGGACGAUAUCAGUCCAGUUAGUUGAUGUGUUGAGUGCUGAAAUGCUAGUUUUGCUUGUUCUCCUCUUCCAGUGCUGAGUUUUAUGUUGUAAAAAGAAAAGAAGCUCACUCAUAAAUGCCACAUAAGUGUUUGGUUGCUAAGGGCCAUUGGCCAAUGAUGGUUUGAUUUAUUGCCAUUGGCUACAGCACGUUUCUCUACAGUUUAAAACAUGUUCAUUCGCUUAAGUUUUAAAUAGAAAAUACCAAAGGGCACAGUAUUGGUGUCAAGUGUGAACACCACAUAUUGACAGAGUUUGGAUAAAAUUGAGUGGACAUAUGUAGCACCAUAUUUGCAUAUACACAUAUUAAGCUUCAGGCCGACAUUAUAGGCAGUAGAGAGUUAAGACCUCGUAUUAUUGUACCUCCAAAAAAGAUAUCAAAGAAAGACCUUAUAUUUUUAAUAUUAUUAUUAGUUUCUUCUC